AUGGCCCAUCUCCGCUGCAACAGCGGAUCUGAGGGCUGGGGCCCCGUCUCCGCCUUCCGACCAUUCGACCUCACGCUCUGCUUCGAGGAGGGCGCCAUCUUCACGUCCCUUCACGCCGUCUUUGUCGUUUGCGCUCUCGCAGCAUGUGUGGUUCAGAUGCGCGCAGAGGCGCAUAAACGGUCAAGAAAAAGCGUGUGGGCUGCACGCGCGAAGCUGCUGCUUCUGUUCCUUGCGUUCGCGGUCGGCUGUGCGAACCUCACCCUCCGUUUCGUCACCAAGUCGCCUGUCACGUUCCUUCCGUCAUACGUCCUCGAAAUCGCGACACUCCUCAUCGCGCCGGUGCUCGCGUAUCUCAACCACUACCGCGCGCGGACGUCCUCCUCCAUUCUCUUGCUCUUCUGGCCGACAUACGCUCUCGCUUUCGCGGUUUGGACACGCACUGCGCUCACCGUCUCUUAUGACGCCAAUAUCCAUCUCGUGGCCGCGCGCGGAGCCAUCACUGGGCUGGGACUCGUCGCGUGGAUUGUUGAAUGCUUCGGUCCCGAAUUCACGCCAGAGGAUGGCCCGGAAGAGCUCAUUCACGGUCAUGUCGAAAGCCCGCUUCUCACGGCCAACAUCUUCAGCAAGUGGGGUUUCGGCUGGAUGAAUGCUCUCAUGCAGAAAGGUGCGAAGGACUACAUCACGGAGAAGGACCUGCCCGCCUUGGUGCCUCAGGAUGAAUCGGCGGUUCUGGGGGAGAAGCUCACGAAGGCCAUGCACAAGCACUCGUCUCUGACGAUCGCGCUGUUUACGUCGUACGGUGGACCGUAUGCCUUCGCAUUGUUCCUCAAACUCUUCCAGGACGCACUUGCGUUCCUGCAGCCCCAGCUCCUACGUUGGCUUUUGGCGUAUAUCGCGGAAUACCAGUCGACAAGGUACACUGGCGGAGGACCCACCGCCAUCGAAGGCUUCGCGGUCGCGGCUAUCAUGUUCGUGGCCUCGAUGAUCCAGACUGUCAUUCUGCACCAGUACUUCCAACACUGUUUCGAGACCGGCAUGCGGGUGCGCUCUGGGCUGAUCACGGCCAUCUACAAGAAGGCUCUGGUGCUGUCCAACGACGGCCGCAGCAGCGCAUCUGGGGACAUUGUCAACCUCAUGUCAGUGGAUGCUGCGCGUCUGCAGGAUUUCUGCACGUACGGGCUCAUCGCGAUCUCCGGACCGUUCCAGAUCACGCUCGCUUUCAUCUCCUUGUACAACAUCAUGGGGCUUCCGGCAUUCGUCGGAGUCGUUGUCAUGAUCGUGUCGAUCCCUUUGAACACGUUCAUAGCUCGUAUCCUCAAGAAUCUCCAAGAGAAGCAGAUGAAGAACCGCGACAAGCGGACUCGACUCAUGUCGGAGCUGUUGAACAAUAUCCGCAGUAUCAAGCUGUAUGCGUGGGAGAACGCCUUCAUGCGGUGGAUCUCCAACGUUCGUAACGACCAAGAGCUCAAGAUGUUACGCAAGAUCGGUAUCUACAAUUCGGUGAACAUGUCGAUGUGGAUCGGAGUUCCUCUUGUCGUCGCCUUCAGCUCCUUUGUUGUAGCCGCGUACACUUCGGAUGAGCCUUUGACGUCGGACAAGAUUUUCCCAGCCAUCUCGUUGUACAUGCUCCUGCAGUUCCCGCUUGUCAUGUUCAGCACGGUCACCAGCAACAUGAUCGAGGCUGUGGUUUCGAUCAAGCGUCUAUCGGACUUCUUCGCUGCAGAUGAACUGCAAGAGGACGUACGCGCUGUGAAGGCGCAGACCGCUCCGCUUGAGUUUGGUGACGUCGUUGUCUCUGUCAACAAGGGCGAGUUCUCGUGGAACAAGAACGCUGUGACCCCAACUCUGGAGGAUAUCAACCUUACCGUAAAGAAAGGCGAGCUCGUUGGCGUUCUUGGACGUGUCGGUGCCGGCAAGACGAGCUUGCUGUCGGCUAUCAUCGGAGAGAUGCGUCGCUCCGAGGGAGAUGUUCAACUGUUCGGGACGAUCUCAUAUGCCCCUCAAAACCCUUGGAUCAUGAGCGCAACCAUUAAAGAGAAUAUCUUAUUCUCCCACAAAUAUGAUGAAGUAUUCUACAAUUUAGUAUUAGACGCAUGCGCACUGCGACCUGAUUUGGCACUCAUGGCCAAUGGAGACAUGACCGAAGUCGGGGGAAAAGGCAUCACGCUCAGCGGUGGUCAGCGGGCCCGCGUUGCGCUCGCGCGUGCUGUGUAUGCUCGAGCUGAUCUUGUGAUCCUCGACGAUGUACUUGCAGCCCUCGAUUCGCACGUUGCCAAGCAUGUCUUUGAGAACGUCGUCGGGCCGAACGGUCUCCUUGGAACCAAGGCGCGGAUUGUGGUCACGAACAGCAUCCACUUCUUGAAGCAUUUCGAUCAAGUCCUCUACAUCCGCCGUGGUAUCAUUCUCGAGAGCGGUACUUACAGCCAGCUUAUGUCUGACAAGGGCACUGAAAUCCACAAGCUCAUCAAGGGACAUGGAGGCCCCUCCACCUCAUUGUCUGCUUCUGGUGUAUCAACUCCUUUCACCACUGACCGUGCGGAGUCACCCGGUUCCUCGAACGGCGACAGUAGCAACAACACUGCUGUCGGUGACGGCCAAGAAGACGUUGAAGAGAAGCUUGACACUGUUAGCAAAGCCCUAGUUCGUCGCAAGUCCUACGGUCGCUCUACCCUUCAGACCGUGGAAGACUCAACGUCUUCGUCCGACGGCGCGAACAAGGAGCACACGGAGCAAGGUCGCGUGAAGCGUGAAGUGUAUGUCAAGUACAUCGAGGCCGCAUCGCGUGCCGGGUUCAUGCUCUUCAUCGUGUCUGCGAUUCUGCAGCAGAUCUUCGGCCUCUUGGGUAACAACGCGCUCAGGCAAUGGGGUAAUCACAAUAACGACGCCGGCGACAACGACGGCGCGGGUGUCUAUCUUUGGGGCUACGGGGUGUUCUCUCUCAUUUCGACGCUGAUGAGUGCGCUGUCUGGCAUCUUGAUUUGGGUCCUUUGCUCCGUGAGGAGCUCAAAGCGUUUGCAUGAUUCGAUGCUGAGUUCGGUCAUGCACGCACCUCUGUCGUUCUUCGAGACCACGCCAACUGGACGCAUUCUCAACUUGUUCUCUCGCGACACUUAUGUCAUCGACAUGGUCCUCGCGCGGGUCGUUCAGAACACUGUCCGCACUCUCGCUGUGACCGGAACUAUCGUCAUCGUCAUUGGCUACAGCUUCCCUCUCUUCCUGAUCUCCGUUCCUGCGCUAACGUGGUUCUACAUGCGCGUUAUGGUGUACUACCUCUCCACGUCGCGCGAACUCAAGCGUCUCGAUGCCGUAUCUCGUUCACCCAUAUUCGCCUGGUUCUCCGAAUCCCUGAGCGGUCUGUCGACGAUUCGCGCCUUCAACCAACAGCAGCUCUUCGUCGCGAAUAACGAGCGCCGCGUCGACCGCAACCAGAUUUGCUAUCUUCCCUCUAUUGCCGUCAAUCGGUGGCUGGCGGUGCGACUCGAGUUCGUGGGCGCGACGAUCAUCUUCAUUACCGCCCUGCUCUCGAUCGUGGCGUUGGUGACGACUGGGGUGGACGCAGGGUUGGUGGGCUUCGUGCUCUCGUACGCGUUAAGCACAACCGGAUCUUUGAACUGGCUGGUGCGGUCUGCCAGCGAGGUUGAGCAGAACAUCGUCAGUGUGGAGCGUAUCCUGCACUACAUUGAGCUCGAGCCAGAAGCGCCCUGGGAAGUCGCCGAUGUCGUUCCGGAGCAGUGGCCGGCUGAGGGCAAGGUUGAGUUCCGUAACUACUCCACUCGUUACCGACCCGAGCUCGACUUGGUACUCAAGAACCUAGACAUCACUGUUAACCCGCACGAAAAAAUCGGUAUCGUUGGCCGGACAGGGUCUGGCAAAUCAACGACGCUCCUUUCGUUGUUCCGCAUUCUGGAACCGUCAGAGGGGACCAUCUGUAUAGACGGUGUGGACAUCACCAACGUCGGAUUACAUGACCUUCGCUCUGCGAUAUCAAUCGUACCCCAAAGCCCUGAUCUGUUCGAAGGAACGAUCCGUGACAACAUCGACCCCAUGGGUGCCUCCACAGACCACGACAUCUGGGUGGCCUUGGAGCAGACCCACUUGAAGGCCUUUGUGGAGACUCUCGACGGCGGCCUCGACGCGCCUGUCAGGGAAGGCGGCUCUUCGCUUUCUUCGGGCCAGAGGCAGCUGCUCUGCUUUGCGCGGGCGCUCCUACGCAAGUCGAGGAUCCUGGUUCUCGAUGAGGCGACGUCUGCGGUGGAUCUCGACACGGACAUGGCCAUUCAAGAGAUCAUCCGGGGCCCGCAGUUCGCCAAAGUCACCAUGCUCACCAUUGCGCACCGGGUGAACACGAUCUUGGAGUCAGACCGUGUGCUCGUGCUCGAUGCAGGGAAGGUGAUCGAGUUCGACACGCCAAAGGCGCUGUUGGCGAACAAGGACAGCGCAUUCUAUUCGCUGGCUGCGGAGGCGGGUCUUGCGUGA